AUGCUGAUGCUCGCAAGCUUUGUCACCUACAAAGUAUCCAACAUAUUGCACUCGAGGUUCGGCAUCGAUCCUCAAUUUCCUUAUUAUUCAAAUCCUAACUAUCAUUAUAAAACCAUCUCGGAAAUCAAUGCCCAAGACAAUUUGUUCAUUGAUGAAACCCCAAUAAGAGAAGACCGUAUUGCUCCAAAGUAUCCGAUUAUUUUGUGUCAUGGUUUCUCAGGGUUUGAUCGAUUGUUUUUAAUCCCUUCGUUGAAUCGUUUGAAGUACAUGGUGACCCAUAAAGAACUAGAUGUCGAUUCUUUGCAAGAACAGCCAGAAUCUGGGCUUUAUUUCGAAUACUGGAACGGUAUUCAAAAGGCAUUGAUUGCCAAUGGCUCGGUGGUGAUGAUUGCGAAAGUGGCCCCCAUGGGAUCAAUUGAGGUCAGAGCAGGUAUGUUGAAUGAGUUUAUUAAUAAGCAGAUUGCCAGAUUAUCCAAACACCAAAAGAUCAAAGAUAAAUUGCAUCUGCAACAAAGAAUAGAUGAAGUCAAUUUACAGAAUGAUGGCCCAUCUCCAAAAAUCAAGGUCAAUUUGGUUGCUCAUUCCAUGGGGGGUUUAGACUGUCGCUACUUGAUAUCGAAAAUCAACGAAUCCCAAAAGAAUUACGAAGUGGUUAGCUUGACUACGAUUUCCACGCCUCAUAGAGGUAGUGAGGUGGCAGACUACGUUACUGACUUGAUGAGAUCUUCAGAGUUAUUUACUAAUUCUGAUUUCUUCCGAUCAUUGAAUGACCUUCGGUUAUCAUUAGUUCCCUCCAGCAUUUAUCAAUUGACGACAAGAAAGAUGAAAGAAUUUAAUAAGGAAGUAGAAAAUGAUCGAAACGUGAAAUAUUUCAGUUAUGGAGCAAGAUUUUUCCCUAGUUGGAAUAAUAUAUAUAGAUUCACGUGGCAAAUUGUCAAAGAUGCUUCAGGGGGUAUUGAUAAUGAUGGGUUGAUUUCGAUUAAUUCGGCAAAAUGGGGUAAAUAUAUGGGAACCAUUGAGGAUGCUGAUCACCUAGAUUUGAUCAAUUGGCGAAACCCAAUUAGAAGGUUUUGGAGGGAGACAAUUAGACAUAGAAAAAGUGGGUUUGAUGCCAUUCACUUUUAUUUGAACAUCGCAGAUGAUUUAGCAAAAGAAGGGCUAUGA